UUGGGGAGUUGCUGGACAGCCAUUGCAGUGUCGUGGCUCAGUAACAAAACACGAAAAAAGGAGAGGAAGACCUGGCAUUUCUCUUUUUUUUUGGACCGGGAGACCAAAUUUACAUGAUUAUAAAAGACUGAACGCUCUCAGUAAAUUAUUCUACACCUAGAAACGGGAUUUAAGAGCUCCGGAUAUGGCAUUCAUAUUAGAUUGGAUUUAUAGCGGGGUCAAUAGCGUACUACAGAUGUUAGGACUGUACAAGAAAUCUGGCAAGUUAGUAUUUCUUGGCCUGGACAAUGCUGGCAAAACAACGCUACUGCACAUGCUCAAAGAUGACAGAUUGGGACAGCAUGUGCCAACUUUACAUCCAACCUCGGAGGAGCUGACGAUUGCUGGCAUGACUUUCACCACCUUCGACCUGGGAGGCCACGCACAAGCCCGCAGAGUGUGGAAAAACUACCUCCCGGCCAUCAACGGUAUUGUCUUCCUUGUGGAUUGUGCAGACCUCGUCAGAUUGGCCGAAUCAAAAACAGAACUUGAUGCAUUAAUGACAGAUGAGACUAUCGGAAACGUGCCUAUCCUGAUCCUGGGCAACAAGAUCGACAGACCAGAGGCCAUCAGCGAGGAGAAGCUGAGAGAACUCUUUGGAUUGUACGGACAGACGACAGGAAAGGGCACCAUUGCCAUGAAGGAGCUGAACACAAGACCACUGGAAGUGUUCAUGUGCAGUGUGUUGAAGAGGCAGGGCUACGGCGAGGGCUUCCGCUGGCUCUCCCAGUACAUCGACUAAAGCAGCCACGCCCCCAUAGCACACCGAUGCCGCCACCACCACCACCAUCGAUCGGGAGGGGUGCUAAACCCGGCCACUCAAGACACCCACCAGUACCAUCAUACUCAGCCCCAUGUUUGGUUAGACACAAGUCUGCCUCCACCGUCAGAGAAACCAGUACAACUUGAUCCCAAUAGACUUUUAUUGGUCGAACAUUUGGUUCCGCACUUACAGAAUUCAUACCUGUACGCGCGCACGCACACACUCUCUCUCGUUUCCAUCUCUCUGUCUUUUUCUAAGAGAGUAACAUAGCAUUGGUUCCACAGCAAAAGGUGUUCAAAUUCAAACGGAUGAAUCUUUUCUAUAUCGUGUCUGUCGUUUGCUGCCCUCUCUCGCUCCCUCCCUCCCUCCCUUUCUGCCAUCUGUUGAGUGUGAUGAUAGAUGCAUUAUAUCUGUAAAUCUGUACAUGAAUCCAUUGGUUUAUGCCCCCCCCCUCCCUCCCUUCGUCAACUAAUUUUGAGCAAUGAGAGAGAGCAACAUAGUUGUAUACAUUGCAGUACCGUUUUUUUAACAGUAAAGACAUUCAUUCAACGUAGUAUUUAAUCAACACGUUUUGGUUUGUUCUCUUUUCUUUUUUCUUACAUAAUUUCGUUAAGUUAACUGUGUGGCCGCGUAUACAGCCCUCACUAUAGUCGUGUGGCUGUUUCACCCAUUUAUUAAAAUGGACCAGUGCAUUCAUCUUAGCGUAUCAGAAAUUAGAUUAAUUUCUUUAGGUUACUUAAAAAGUUCAAAUACUUUAGUUCCAGACUUCUAUCUUGUGGGCACAGUAGCAUUGAGUGGAUCCAAGCAGGCUGUGUGCUCCCCUUUUUAAAAGAGAAGCAUGGGGUGGUAGUAAAGCAGGUGGGAGAAUCAUUUUAAUUCAAGAUAAUACGUGCUAUAACCCGGGCGAAGUUUGAAGAAAUCGUGUAGAUAGCACAUUGGUCAGUUGAUGCAAAGAAAACUAUUUAAGUAAAAGGAACUUGGGGGUAAAUAUCGUGAUAAUAACAUGCAGUAAGAGAUGACGGGAGGAGGUAACACAUGGUCGUAACAGCUAGUAAUCGUCGAUGUUAGAAGUCCACUGACAGAUAUAUUUUCCGGCACAGACCUUUGUACAGGUUGAACCUAGUGACCAAGUGUAGAUAACGGAGGGCACAGUCCCACAGUGGGAACAGAUAGGCCUGAAACACCUCUAAGAAAGGGACCAUAUAUAAUAUAUAUGAAAUGUACAUCAACACCGUACAUGGAUUUUGUAUUUGUAGCUGGUAUCCUUUGCAUUACCAGAAACUAUUAUGCAUGCCUUGUUCUUUUGAUUUUUAAUUAUCAUUAUUCCAGAGAGUACAACAGGAGGGGAAAAAAGAUGCCAAAAUUUUGGAGGAGAGCUGAUUGUCAUGUUUUUUUUUGUUUUGUUUUUUUUAACAGAAAUGAUGAAAUUGCGCAUAAUACUCACUUUUUCUGUCCCUGUCCCCUUUGUGUCUCUUUCAUUCCCUCAUGACGAGCUGUCCCAACAAGGGUGGGACUUGCUGUUGUUUGCAUCAUAAAAAUGUAAUAAAUGUUUUCAAUGAAUAACAGGCUUUAACAUCGAUCCACAAUGCUUUUUUUUUUUUUGUCACUUUUCUUUUGUUAGAUUAGCCGUGGAAGAAAUAUUCGGUUCCUUUUUGCGUAUUUAAAGUUACCAAUACACCUGUAUAAAAGAAGUCCGCAUUCAAGAAGUAGAAGUACAGAAUUAUCAGCAAAAUGUUCUUGAACCAUUAAAAGUAAAACUCCUGCAGAAAAA